AAAAAAAACUGUUUCAUACUAUUCGUUUCACAUACUUUGAAUACUUAUUUAUAAGACAAAACAAAAUGACCGAAGUCGAGGAGCAAGGUGAUGCUGCUUUCAAAGCAUUCGAGCCAUUAUUCCCUUGCCAGAACAAGAAAAUACAGGAAUCCCUUGACAAGACAACUUUCUCGAGGCAUCGUCAAGCGGUGAAUCAAGCAUCAACAGUUCUUGAUACCAAGCAGCCGAGGGUUUACAUACAUCAACAUCUCAAACUGAAAAAACUUCAACUCGAAGAAGAAAGACUGGCGACAAUUGAGAGAGACAAUCGUCUUCUUCUGGAGAGAAUUGCCAAAAUUAUGCGUACCACUGGAAGCAUUGAUAAUAACAAUCUCAACCGAGAUGUAAAAAGUUUGUCAAUUGAGAGGCGUCAGCGAGAACUGUUGCGCAUCACCAAUGAGAACAAGCAAAUCCUUGGCCGCAUCAUGAACCGGAAGACGACGAGUCAGUACAGCAGGGAGAACUGGGAGCCUAAAUGGAGGAAGGAGGAAUACUACAUGGCACAGCUGUCACGAUUCCAACCAGUGUCCUCAAAAACCAAAAAGAGCGAAGAGAAAGGCGAAGAAAAUGCACAGCCGGAGAACGACGGAGAUCAACAACAACAGACAACUGACAGAAAGUCACAGAAGACCAAAAAGGAGUCUAAACAGCAGGAGAAGGCCUAGGAGAGAAAGGAAGCUUGAAAACAACAGAAAAGAUGGUCAUAUUGUGUCUUUAUGAACCGACUUCAGUAAAGUGAAUUUAUGUUUGUUCACAUGGCUCAUUUUCCAUUUAUACAUUCCCAAAUUAUGGAUAUCAAAAUUUUAGUCCAAAUUUUUUGCUCUCAUUUGAGGUUUUUGAGUAACUUUGGCGAACAUCUGGCGCUGUUAAGUCAUGUUGAAAACUGUAUAUGUUUUUACAGGUUAUAAAAAGGCGGAAAAAUACCUAGUGAUUCUGCUAAAUUUGGAAAAUGGUAAUAAUGAUUAACAUAAUCGAAGCUUGUAAAUAUCAUAAAGGAAUUUUUUCUCUUGUUGUAGAUAUAUGGUAUCUUGAUAGUGCAAAUUAAGUCGAUUUGAUCAAAUUGGACUGCUAAACAAUUAUAGGAGCUUUUCACAUUCACUAUGUAUUUAUUUCUGCAGAGGCAACAAUAUCUGAAGAAACUUUACCCUAAAAACUGCCCUUUAUCAUGGUUUCUCCCUUAGAAGAAAAAAAACCAUUUGAA